GUAGAGCUGGUCCGUAAAUUUGCAUCACCAAAUUCCCACAAUCCUUUGUAGGCUUGAAGACAAAUUCAUGCGUUUCAAAGACGAUCGUUCUCUGAGAAAAAGAUACAUCACCAAUGGCAGACGCAGCAGCAGGAUCAGCCGGUGGUGGACGAGGUGGGUUUAGGGGUGGUUUUGGGAGAGGUGGACGAGGAGGCAGAGGGAGAGGCCGUGGUAGAGGUCGAGGGAGGGGAAAGCAAGAGGAAAAAGAAUGGCAGCCAGUAACAAAACUCGGAAGACUGGUAAAAGAUGGUAAGAUCAAGUCCCUUGAGGAGAUUUACCUCUAUUCAUUGCCCAUCAAGGAGUUCGAAAUCAUUGACAAUUUCCUUGGUGCAGCUUUGAAAGAUGAGGUUCUGAAAAUCAUGCCUGUCCAGAAGCAAACACGUGCUGGACAGAGAACACGCUUCAAGGCAUUUGUUGCCAUUGGUGACUAUAAUGGACAUGUUGGUCUUGGUGUAAAAUGCUCCAAAGAAGUUGCCACAGCAAUACGUGGUGCCAUAAUUGCCGCCAAAUUGUCAAUUAUUCCAGUCAGACGAGGAUAUUGGGGUAACAAAAUUGGAAAGCCCCACACUGUACCCUGCAAGGUCACAGGUAAAUGUGGGUCUGUUACAGUACGUUUGAUCCCAGCUCCCCGUGGUACUGGCAUUGUUGCAGCUGGAGUGCCAAAGAAGCUACUUCAGAUGGCAGGUGUUGAGGAUUGCUACACAUCUGCUUGUGGAACAACAGCUACUGUUGGAAAUUUUGCCAAAGCAACUUACAUGGCAAUAUCAAGAACAUACUCAUAUCUGACACCAGAUAUGUGGAAAGAAACUCAGUUUGGUAAAUCUCCCUACCAAGAGUUUACUGACCAUCUUGCGAAAAGUCAUGUUCCAGGAGGUCGCAUGGCUGCACCCGUCUCAAGUGGACCCUAGAAGGGAAUAUGAUUAAUCUUUGAAAGUUGGCAAUGUUAAUUACUGUAAAAUUGUGGUUAGAUGGGAAAACAAUUGAAAUUAAA